UUUAAUUCAUCAAGUUGUCUGCGAAUUAUGCAUUAAGUUGCAUGCAUGGCGAAUUUCUUGGCUUGUUUGGUAGCUUUCACGUUGCUGCUGCUAGAACACACAGCAAUGUGCGAGCCGAUCGCGUCAUGUUCCCAGACCCCGUACCCUGACGUGUGCCGCUCCAUCGUGACUCGGUCCGACUCGGAGUUUGAGCAAUCGCUGACUCGGAACGGAUUCCGUGACCUCCUCCUCCGAGCCACGCUCGAGUGGACCGUCCUCGCCCACCAGCGGGCCGUGGCGAGGAACCCGAGCCAGUUUGACGAGCUAGGGCAGGGGGCUUGGGCCGAUUGCGUCGAGCUGCUGACUGAUACGGUCGGUCACGUGAACCGGUCGCUGAUUCGGCCGGGUGAUGACGCGCAGACGUGGCUCAGUGCCGCCAUGGCGAACCAGCGCACGUGCCGUGACGGUUUCCUCGAGCUCGGUUCGACGGCGCCGGUGAUGGAUUUGGACGGCGGAAACCUGACGGAGUCGAUCAGUAACUUGCUUGCCGUUAACAACGAGAUGCUGACCGCCGCCGGCGGGCAGCAUAAACGGCGCCGCCGUUUGAUGUCGCAGGGGUUAUUCCCAAAGUGGGUGGCGGCGGCUGACCGGAAGUUGCUGGAGGCGUCGGACAUGAAAGCGGAUCUUGUGGUGGCGAAAGAUGGCUCCGGCGACUACAAAACCAUCACCGAAGCCGUGGCGGCUACGGCGAAGGUGAGGGGAGGAAGCACGGCGAGGUUCGUGAUUCACGUGAAGGCCGGCGUCUACCAAGAGAACGUGGAGAUUCCUAACUCAAUGAAGAAUUUAAUGAUGAUCGGUGAUGGUAUGGAUGCCACCGUCGUGACGGGGAGCAGGAACGUCCAAGAUGGCUCCACCACCUUCAGAUCGGCCACCUUCGCCGUAUCCGGCAGCGGGUUCAUCGCCCGCGACAUGACGUUCCAAAACACUGCCGGGCCGGCGAAGCACCAAGCGGUGGCGCUCCGCUCCGGCUCCGACCUCUCCGUCUUCUACAGAUGCAGUUUCAAGGGCUACCAGGACACCCUCUACGUCUACUCCCAGCGCCAGUUCUAUCGCAACUGUGACGUUUAUGGCACUGUCGACUUCAUCUUCGGCGACGCCGCCGCUGUCUUCCAAAACUGCAACCUCAACGUGAGGCGGCCGAUGAGCGGCCAGAAGAACACCGUGACGGCUCAGGGUAGGACUGACCCCAACGAGAACACCGGCAUAUCGAUCCACGACUCCGUCGUGGCCGCUGCAUCGGACCUCUCAACGGUGCAGGGGUCGUUCAGCACCUACCUCGGCCGGCCGUGGCAGAAGUAUUCGAGGACGGUGGUGAUGAAGACGGCGCUAGGGGGCUUGAUUGACCCGGCGGGGUGGUUAGAGUGGAGUGGUAGCUUCGCACUGAGCACGUUGUUCUACGGGGAGUACAUGAACACUGGCGCCGGCGCCGACACGAGUAGGAGGGUGAAUUGGAGUGGUUAUCGUGUGAUCGAUAGCUCGUCUGAGGCUGGAAAAUUCAGCGUUGGAAGCUUCUUGUCCGGCAACUCGUGGAUACCGGCCACCGGCGUACCUUUCACGUCGGGCCUAUAAAUUAAAGUAAAAAGUAAUCUAUCUUAUUCACAUAUAAAUUAAAGUAAAGGGCAAUCUUAUUCACAUAUCGUGCGAUCGAGAGAGGCCAAACUGUAAAAGCCAAUAAAUUGAGGAGGUAAACUGUAAGAUUAUUCAGUCAAUUGUAUGAUCCGAUCUGUAAUCAUUGCGCAA